GGAGAAACUGACCUGAGAGCAGAGAGGAAGAGGAGAAACUGAUCUGAGAACAGAGGAACCCUGCAGCUGUGAUGACCCGGGUUCUGUUGUGAUGUCUCCAUACAGGAAGAUGAAGGUUCUCUCCUCUGUUUAUCCCAAAGUACCACACUGAUCCCCCACCUCCACCCUCCGUCUGCAUGCAGCAGCAGCGAUGAAGAUUUUGCUCCCUCAAGCCUUAGCCUCUCAGCCCGUGAGUUUGAUUCCCAGAUGGACAUGGAGAGCUCGGGGGGGCUGUCAUCCUUCCCACAAUGCUCUGCUGUGUGCUCCAGCCUGGAGAGCCUGUGUCACUCGACUGCAGACUUCUAUUUGGGCGCUGAAGCACUUCCACCCAGCAACACUGACAGCCCCCCCGUCACCACCCUGCAGGACAACGCCGGGAACCCAGGAGCAUGCUGGGAGCUGCAGAAGGAUUAUGUGAGUAGCAGGACGGACCUCACACUCUGCAGGGCUGAUGUCCCAGACAGUGGGGGGGGGCCCGGCAGCCAACUCUCCCUGGCUGAGAGGGUGGAGAUGAACCGCCAGAUUGUCAAGCAGAUGCUGGAUGGUACCCCGAGGAGACCAAUCAGCUCUCAGCUGCGGAGGAAAGAGGGUGUGGCUCAGGGGAGAGAUGAAGGUACAGUAAAAUUCAGUCCCAGAGCGGCCCAGAGCCCUGACCUGAACCCUGUCAAACAUCUCUGCAGAGACCUGAACAUGGCCGCCCACCAACACUCCCCAUCCAACCUGACCGAGCCUGAGAGGAUCUGCAGAGAAGAACGGCAGAAAAUCCUCCAGUCCAGUGCAGGCUCUGUUCUUCUGACUGGAGGUGAAUUGGAUUCUGGGAUUCCUCUUCAUGGUGAACCAAACCACAGGCUGUGUGCAGCAGAUCCUGUGUUGGGUUGUGGUCGUCAGACGACGCGUCGUGUGGAAAGAGCUCGUAUGAAGGCCCGCUCCUCCCCUCUGAAGGCCGACCACAGCCUCCUCGGCCUGCAUACACGCACUCCCUCGGGGCCUCGGCUGACACAACAGGCCGACCUGAGGGGGAGGGAGGGCGUGGCAUCACUGUCAGGGAACCUAAGUGACUCAUCCAGUGGCGAAUCAGCUUGCGGACCCCCAUGGCGACGCCAGGCCCCAUCACCAACACGUGUUCGCUUUGAGGAUGAAACUGAAAAGGAGGCGGAGUCUCGUUACCUGGAGCGACAGAGGCAGAGGAGGAGGGCAGGGGAGCGAGCGCAGGGCCUGCUGGUCUCCAAACCUGACCCAUCAGUGUACAUCAGGAAGGAGGUGGGGCCACUAGGAGCUGGCAGCACAUCACUAGAGGCAGGAUGUUUUCCUAACAGACAGCAGAGAGCAGCGAGGCCGCCGCACUGUGAAUCAUGUGCGACGGUUUUAGAGGGAGGAGUCUCCAGCCUGAAUCUCCACCCUCACCCCCCUCCACCAGACCGCGAAGGGUGGGGCUUGGAUCGGCCAGCUCCUGACAGGCCCCGCCUCAUGCUGCGCACUGAGCGGAUCAAGGAAACCUACAUUGGUAGCAUUUCCCCCGAUGAGGGGGGGACUGGUGGCGGCAGAGGAGGCGGGGAUGAGGGUGAUGCUGGGCGUGUCCCUGUCAUGCGAGUGAGGAGGAGGACAAACCGGGCGGGGCUGAUGUCUGCCAACGGUCAGCCAGGGACACUCCCAUUGGACAUUCCCCAGGCCACACCCCCCAGCACAGCCAACGGAGCAGCAGAACCGCCACUCAACCCCUACGCUGCCCCGCUCACUCAUGCUCCACCCACAGCCACAUCCUCCCCCUCUUCACCUCCUCCCCCCAGGAAACCAAAGCCGAGCUCCUGCAGCAGAGCCAGGCCCAAUGGCACGCGGGCGGACAAGCCUCUGAACCACAGCCCCAACACCCAGCAAGCUUCCAUGCUCCAGAAGGAGCUCCACCCCUCUGAUCAUCCAGCCGAGAGCCAAGCUCCGCCCACCAACAGCUGCAGCCCUGACGAACAGAUGCGAGAGCCAAUGACAGCAGAGCAGCAACGGGAAGCCAGGCUCACUCCUGAGGACGGACGUUCCAGACUUUCUCUGCGGAAGAUUUUCUCGGCCGUGGGGCUGAACAGAACUCGAACCGGCAGUCUGGACCGCCUGAGCUCCCGGCCCCGCCCUUCAUCUCCUGGCCCCGCCUCCCCAGACCUCAGGAAGCCCUCUGCCUCAUCCAAUCUGCUGAGGAAAACACCUUCACUGCAGUCGCUCAGUACGGGGUCACCCUUCCUCCAGCUGAGGAAAUCAUCAUCUUUCCAGAAUUUCCAGUCAGAAAAGAGCGAGCGCUCGGCUGCAUACCAGCCCGCCACCCGCACGCUGCAGAGGGCUCUCAGUGUGGAGGAUGUUGGGAGGCCCAGCUUUGUUCGUCCAGUAGGAAAAGUGUCGCAGGUUUUCAGUGAUGGGACGUUCCUGCUGCAGCUGAACCGGCCGCCAAGUGGAACCUUUGGGUUCCACAUCAGCCGAGGAAGAGGAAGGCCUGACUCUGGUGUAUAUGUGGAGGACAUGGUGGACAGCAGUACAGAGAAGCUGUAUGCUGGCUUGCUGGGAGCUGGAGACGAGAUUGUGGAGGUGAACGGUGAGAAGGUGGCUGGCCUGAGUCUGGACCUGGUGACCCACCUGCUGACCCAAACAAGCUCCGCCUCCGUCCGCAUCCUCCGCCACAGGAAGCUGCCUCCACACUGACCGCCAAGACCGCUGAGCUACAACCUGAUGCCAGCUACAACUUCAACAGCCACAACAACACCACGGCCUGAAACUACACAGCCACCGAGACGCAACAGCACACGGUGGCCAAACUACCAGCUGAGCCUGCAGCCUCCAGACCGGCCACAGAACAUCCUGACCCACACCAACCAAACACUCGCACACAGCCACAGCCCAACCACAUGGACAGAAGGAGCUACAACCCACCUGCGAGCCGUACAACAGCGCCAAUCCAAAUGACCGAGCCCCCGCCCGAAUCAAGACAUAAACCGCCUAACCCACCAGGAAGCAGCCUGAACACCGACCACCGCACCCACAACCACCUCGCUGGAACCCCGCUGCCUGAAAGUCAACCACAAAACCACAGAACCACAACUCGAACCAAGCAACACCACCGCAGCACCCAGUCAUCUUGCUGACCAAAACCUGAACCAGCUAACCACAACCAGAACCAGCUAAACACAACCUGAACCAGCUAACCAGAAACAGCUAAACACAACCUGAACCAGCUAACCAGAACCAGCUAAACACAACCUGAACCAGCUAACCACACCCUGAACCAGCUAACCAGAACCAGCUAAACACAACCUGAACCCAGCUAUAACGAAGCCACAGUCAGAUGUGCCUCAUGAACACCAAGCUUUUUAAAUAAAGUCAUUUUUAUUCAUUGAAACGCCACACUUUUUUCUCACCUAACCCUUUCUUCUUUUACAAAGGCAUAGGGUUAUAGCUCAGAAGGUUCUAUUGUCUUGACUCUUUUGCCAGAGAACUAAACUACCUGAUAACAAAAAGAACAGACUUUCCCUUUCAAAUCAGUUCAGCAGGAUUUUAAAGGACCUGACCGGCAAGUGUGAACUGUCCACCCUGAGAAAACCGGGCUCAUGGUUCCUCACCCGAUCUGCUCGACCUGAUGAUCUCAUGAUACCCAGAGCCUCCAGACCAGGUUCCUGAACCGAGGCCAGUUUGAACCGGUCAAACAACAAAGCUGCAGUGACACCACUGACCAGCUGUGGAGGUCAUCAGGUCAGAGGUCAGAUCUCACUGGACACAUCAAAUCAAUCUCAGCAUGUGCUGUUUAUAUCACAUACACAUUCAUGGUGACUCCAUUUGAAACACACUGAUCACCCCCCAAAAAUGAGCAAAAAAUUGUUCAAAUCACCUCACUGUCAGCUCCUGUUUCAUCAAAACUAAAUGAUGUUCCCAUCCAACAUGGAUCUUCAUCAAGUUAACAGCUCAGAUGACUUGCAGGGUUUUUCUGGAAACAAGUCUGGAACUGGAACUGUUCCACGUUGAUUUGUGUUUAACCAGGUGGAACGUCCCUGCAAAUCCCAGCUGAGCUGACGUGCUGAGUCAAGCCAGCACGUGUGUGUGUGUGUGUGUGUGUGUGUGUGUGUGUGUGUGUGUGUAAAAUGUCAGCAGGAUGGAGCUCAGUCACCCUUUCCAGGUAAACAGGAAGCUGUCAUAAAUUAAAGAUUUGGUUUCAUCUCUGUGGUUCAAUAAAUGUCCAGGAAAUCAUCUGGAUCCUAAAUGAAGCUUCAUGAUAAAAUAACUGUCAGAUAAUUACUUACUGCAGUGUAAAUGGAAUCAAAAAUAUAAUAAACCCUGAUUUUAAUACAUUCUUACAGUUCCCACCACUGCCCCAAAGCUGUGUUAUGUUGCUCAUCUUCAGUUUCCAUCUGUGGUUAAAUAACAACUUUCUUUUAUUUUUGUAAAAAGAAAAACAGCAGCAGACUCUGGCCCAUCAGGCGUCUCCAGGUUCUCUGUGUUGUUCCUCUUAAAGGACAAAGUUCUCCAAAACACAAGAAUAACAGCAGUGAAUCACAGCUUUGAUAGGCACAUACAGAGAUUUAAAAUGCAUGGUGGUUCUCUGGAAUCUUCUAGUCUGAAGCUCCUGUGGAAUCAGUCUCUCUCUCUUUUUUUUUUUUUAAUAAAUAAAUAGAAAUAAAAGGAAAAGGAAAGCUUGGUGUUGAAAGGGAAAAUGUUUUGCAUUCUUCUUCACUUAUUGUGUUUUCCACUUUCUCAAGUUUUUUUUACAUUAUUUUUUUAUAUUCUACCUUUGCAUUUGAAAUAAAAAAAUAUAUAGGGCUCAUUAAUGCAUUAUGUAAUGCAUUUGACAGCAGUGUGCAGAAGUGCACUGGCCUGUUUGAAAUGUGUUGAAUGUCUAUGUGAAUGUGAAUGUCAGUUUUUAGAGAAUCUUUGUCCUUCCUCAGUAUUAAAGCACCAGAGAAUUAUAGUCACAGGACAGUGAAUAUGGAUUUUGUAACAUUUAUUUAUAUCCACAUCCUAAAUAAAAUAAAUUCUGAAUGAA